AUGCUUGGACUUCAAAACAGGUUGAAAGCUGAUCCGUUUGGAGAUAAUAGAAAUUUAAAAAACAUAUCGGCCAAGAUAUCUGAAUUUCCUGUCAGCAUCAUUUUAAGGACAGAAUCGGUGGCAUCAAUACCAAUCAAAGAGCUUGUUAACUUUAUUGAACAGACAAACAAGGAGUAUAAUAUCAAUAUUUAUGGAAAACGUAUUAACUGUAUUGAUCCGAAUGACUACCAAUUACUUCAGGAUUAUUCUAUUUUGAAAAAGCCAUCCUUGCUUACAAAAUAUUUCACCAACGCAGGUUUGAACAAAAAGAUUGCUUUUACUUUUUUGUAUGGAAUGCAAGAGCACCAGGAGGUUUUUGUUAUUCACAUGACAGAAUUAGGAUUUAGGAAAUCAUCCUUUUUCUUGCACGAAUUCUCUUCCAAAUUUACCAAAUAUUUUAAAGCAUCCGGUUGCAUUCUUAAUGCCCCUAAAUUCCCAGUUAUAACGCUUGUGAAGAGGCCCAACGACAGUACAACAAACGAGGACAAGAUAAUGGCUGAUAAUUUAUACACACUUGCAACGUUAGGCCUAGUUCAUGUUACUAAAAUGCAAAACGGAAACUUGGUAUUGACACACAAACAAGCUGAAAGCAGAGAUACACCACAUAAAAUUAAAUUGCAAUCAAAAAGACUUGUUUAA